CGGCGGGCGCGGCAGGUGCGGGGACAUGAGCGGGGACAUGCGGGCCCUGCUGUGCCUCUGGCUGGUGGCCCAGGUGGCCCUGGUGGCCCAGGUGGCCGUGUCCUCCCGGCUCCGCACCCGCCGGGAGCUGGGCCCGGGGCUGUACCAGCACGGGGUGUACGACGCCGGCGGCUCCUACUGCCAGCGCGGGGACGUGUGCUGCCGCGGCCGCGACGACGCCUGCACCGUGCCCUACCACGACACCCUCUGCUACUGCGACCUCUUCUGCAACCGCACCGUCUCCGACUGCUGCCCCGACUUCUGGGAAUACUGCCUGGGCAUCCCGGCGCCCUUCCCCAAAGCCCCAGGCUGUGCCCGUGCCGGACGCGAUUAUCCCCCCGGAGCCACGUACCGGGAGAACUGCAACCUGUGCACCUGCGGCCCCGGCGGGCAGUGGCAGUGCGAGGACCGCGCCUGCCUGAUGGACGGGGAGCUGAUCGAUGCCAUCAACCGCGGCAAUUACGGCUGGAGAGCCGCGAACUACAGCCAGUUCUGGGGGAUGACCCUGGAGGACGGGAUCCGGCACCGUUUGGGCACCUUCCGCCCCUCUCCCACCGUCAUGAACAUGAACGAGCUGCAUAUGAACAUGGACUCCAACGAGGCGCUGCCGCGGCACUUCGACGCCGCCGCCAAGUGGCCCGGGAUGAUCCACGAGCCCCUGGACCAGGGCAACUGCGCCGGCUCCUGGGCCUUCUCCACGGCCGCCGUGGCCUCGGACCGCAUCUCCAUCCACUCCAUGGGGCACAUGAGCCCCGCGCUGUCCCCCCAGAACCUCCUGGCCUGCGACACCCGCAACCAGCGCGGCUGCAGCGGCGGCCGCCUGGACGGGGCCUGGUGGUACCUGCGCAGGAGGGGAGUGGUGACAGACGAGUGCUACCCGUUCACGAGCCAGCAGAGCCAGCCCGCGGCUCCGCCCUGCAUGAUGCACAGCCGCUCCACGGGCCGGGGCAAGCGACAGGCGACAGCGCGGUGCCCCAACCCCCAGACCCACUCCAACGAGAUCUACCAGUCCACCCCCGCCUACCGCCUCUCCUCCAGCGAGAAGGAGAUCAUGAAGGAGCUGCUGGAGAACGGCCCCGUGCAAGCCAUCCUGGAGGUGCACGAGGAUUUCUUCAUGUACAAGAGCGGGAUCUACCGGCACACGCCCGUGGCCGAGGGGAAGGGCCCGAAGCACCAGAGACACGGGACCCACUCGGUGAAAAUCACCGGGUGGGGAGAGGAGCAGCUGCCUGAUGGCCAGACCCAAAAAUACUGGACGGCGGCCAACUCGUGGGGCACGGCGUGGGGCGAGGGCGGCCACUUUCGCAUCGCCCGCGGCAUCAACGAGUGCGAGGUGGAGACUUUCGUGGUGGGGGUCUGGGGCCGCGUCAGCAUGGAGGACAUGCCCCACAAGUGAGCCCCCCACCCCACCCGCGAUGUCCCUGUCCCCCGGCCGGGGGGCUGCGUGUCCCCGCUGUGCUGACACAGCGGCUGGGGGGCACUGGGGCGUGCGAGGGGGGUGCUGCUCCCGUCUCCCGUGGGAUUUAGCCGCUAAUCCCCCCGCCCCGGGCUCGGCUCUUCAAAGGCAGCUGCACCCCCCACCCCACCGCAAAUCCCGGCUGGGGGUGUGGGAUCCCCCCCUCCCCCCCUUUUCCCAAUGGGAAGGGACCCCCAACAUUCCUGCCCCUCCCAGCAGGGCAGCGCUGGAGUUGGGGUGUGAAAUAACCCAAUUGGGGGGGGUCCCCUGAGCCCCCAGGGCUGGGUGUCGCCAGGAUGGGGUCCCCCCCCAGCCCGUCCCUAUGGUGCUAUGGCCCUGCCACCCCCCUGGGGGACAGCAGGGACAAGGGGGGGCUCAGCCCCGUGGUGUCCCCAUCCUGGUGGGGUCACGAGUGGGGUCCAGCACAGCCCGGGACCUCCCCCUGCCCUCCCCCCCCCACCCAAGGGCUGUACUUUUAAGACAUUUUUUUGUAUUUAUUUUGCUUUUUAUUGUUUGUAAAUAAAGUUCUGGAAGGCUCAGA